GUAUAUCCCCGCCUCCAGUUUGUACUGUCCAAUCAGAGCGGAGCUAGAGGAGGGCGGAAGCGAAAGUCAAGGGGGAACAUGUGAUAACUGUCCGUGACGUUGCAGCGAGGGACACCAAGAUGGCGGCGUUGUUCUUGAGACAUGCAGGUCGGCAGUGCCUACGUACCCAGCUCUCACCUCUCCUGGGCGCUAGACAUGUUGUGCCAAUGGGAACUACAGCCCAGCAGGAGAUGGAACGUUUCUGGAACAAGAAUAAUCGCCUGAGCCGGCCUCUCUCCCCUCACAUGACUGUUUAUAAAUGGUCUUUGCCGAUGGCCAUGUCCAUAAUACACCGAGGCACGGGCGUUGCCAUGAGCGCUGGGGUCUCCAUGUUUGGGUUGGCCGCUCUAGUCCUGCCCGGGGACUUUGCAUCUUAUCUGGAGCUCGUCAAGUCUCUGAGUUUGGGACCGGCUCUGAUUUACUCUGCAAAAUUUGCCUUGGCUUUCCCUCUUGCAUAUCACACGUGGAACGGAGUCCGGCAUUUGAUCUGGGACCUGGGUAAAGGCUUCAAGAUCCCCCAACUCUAUCAGUCUGGAAUCACCGUCCUGGCUUUAACCCUAAUAACGGCUGUUGGCCUUGCCGCCAUGUGAUUGGUGAAUAGUUUGGCUCCACCUCCAGUGAAGGACACGCUCGUUUCAUUCGCCCAUGUUUAAUUCAAUUCUGAUUUAUAAAGACAUCUACUAACCCUCUUCUCCAUAUGUUUCAUCUGCUCAGACCCGGCUCUGUUUUAUAAUCAAACGCCCUCCCCUUUGUAGUUUCAGCUUUAAUGGCCGCUCAUGAUGUUUCCUAGGAAGGGCAGCUGCAUUCUGUUGGGGUUCCAAGGUUCCCUACUCAACCAACCCUACAAAUAGAUGACAGUCAUCAUCCAUCCUACUCUGAAUGUACUCUUGGAUUUAAAGGGUAACUUAAAUCUCUAAACAGCCGAAGAUCUUCAUUCCCUUCCUGCUAGUGGUGCCUGUCAGAUUACAAAGGGAACAUUAUUAAAGGGAUACUGUCAUGGGAAAA